UAGUGUAGGGGAGGGUGGUUUGGGCGCGGCCCCCGAGGCGCUUUCUGCUGUUUUAAGAGGCUACGUAGUGCAGGUUUACGGUGUGAAAACAUGCAUCUGUGGCCGUGUUUACGCAGGAAAAAUGCAGCUCUACUGUGGGAGGCAUCUAAUAAAGUCAGAGGAGAGAGAUUUUGCGGAUAAUAACGUUUUUAUUGAUUCAUUUUGUGCAAUGAGGCCUAACAGGGCGAAGAGUCGGGCUUGAGGAAUUCACCGUAAUCAGAUAUGGCCUCUCAGCUUCAGGCGUUCUCCUCCCCUUCGGUUUCCUCCAGCGGCCUUUCUCGCUCCAAGAAGCUCAAGCUGGAGAAGCCUGCAUGGGAUGGUGAGAAUAAUUACAAUCUGCAGAGCCCUAGACAAGCCAGUGCAUCCUCACCCUCAGCUCCGGAUUUCAACUCCAACUAUGGCUCUAACAGCCGUGGCUUUCCUUCCUCCAAUGGCACCCGUGAGCACACGGUUGUACGCGCUGCCGACAGCACUGGCAGCGUCCCUGGACCGUCCUCCUCCUCCUCUUCUUCCUCCUCUUCUUCCUCAUCUUCGUCAAGCCACCGGGGCAAAGACGGUUACCAAAAACAGAGCGGUGUGAAAAGGAAGAGCGAAGAGGUGGAGAGCAGCGACAGUGUGCAGAUCCUGGAAGAACUCUCGGCCCCUGUGCUGUCCAACCGGGCUGGUGGAGCAGGUGGAGGAGGCACCACUACCGCACAGUCCAUCACUCACUCCACCUCCACAGCCAAGAGCAGCAACUCGCACAGUGAGGGCGACUACCAGCUGGUGCAGCACGAGAUCCUCUGCUCUGUCUCCAACAGCUACGAGGUACUGGAGUUCCUUGGCCGCGGCACCUUCGGCCAGGUCGCCAAGUGCUGGAAGCGUGGCACCAACGAGAUCGUGGCCAUCAAGAUUCUCAAAAACCAUCCGUCUUACGCUCGACAGGGUCAAAUUGAGGUGAGCAUUCUGAGCCGGUUAUCUACAGAGAAUGCUGACGAGUUCAACUUUGUGCGCUCAUACGAGUGCUUUCAGCACAAGAACCACACGUGCCUGGUGUUUGAGAUGCUGGAGCAAAACCUGUACGACUUCUUAAAGCACAGCAAGUUCAGCCCGCUGAUGCUGAAGUGCAUCCGGCCCGUUCUGCAGCAGGUGGCCACCGCACUGAUGAAGCUCAAGAGUCUGGGCCUGAUCCACGCCGACCUCAAACCAGAGAACAUCAUGCUGGUGGAUCCCAUCAGGCAGCCGUACAGGGUGAAGGUGAUCGACUUCGGCUCAGCCAGUCACGUCUCAAAGGCUGUGUGUUCCACCUACCUGCAGUCCAGAUACUACAGAGCUCCUGAGAUCAUUCUGGGUCUGCCGUUCUGCGAGGCCAUCGAUAUGUGGUCUCUGGGCUGCGUCAUUGCUGAACUCUUCCUCGGCUGGCCGCUUUAUCCCGGGGCCUCCGAAUACGAUCAGAUCCGUUACAUCUCACAGACACAAGGUCUACCAGCGGAGUACCUCCUGAGCGCGGGAACAAAGACCAGCCGAUUCUUCCACAGAGGACCGGACGCCAGCUACCCCCUGUGGAGGCUCAAGACGCCAACAGAACACGAGUCAGAGCUUGGCGUCAAGUCCAAAGAGGCUCGGAAGUACAUCUUCAACUGUCUUGACGACAUGAUGCAGGUUAAUAUGACUAAUCUAGAAGGCACAGACAUUUUGGCAGAGAAGGCUGACAGGCGGGAGUUUAUUGACUUGCUAAAGAAGAUGCUCGCUCUUGACGCAGAUAAAAGGAUUACCCCGAUGAAGACCCUUAACCACCCGUUUGUAACCAUGACUCAUCUUCUGCACUUUCCCCACAGCGCACAUGUUAAGUCCUGUUUCCAGAAUAUGGAGAUCUGUAAACGCCGAUGCACCGCCUUUGACAACAACAAGAACCUCUUUAGCAACAGCAGUGCGCCGAGCGCGGCCACCAACCUCACUGUGACCUUCAGCAGCCAGCUCAGUCAGCACAGUCAGCAGAUGGCGCCCUCUGGUGGUCAGUCUCUGUCUUUGAGCAGCAACGUUCCUCUGCUUAACUACCAGCCGGAUCUGUACCAGCAGGCCACCAUCAACAUCCCGGGUCUGACACAGCAGAGCGUCCCACUGCAGACCAGACACACACAACUGUGCACUCAGACUGAACCCUUCCAGCAGACCCUCAUCGUCUGCCCCCCCACUAUACAAGCAGGGCUCCAGACCUCCAGUAAACACUCGGGAUAUCCAGUGCGGAUGGACAACUCUGUCCCCAUGGUCCCCCAAAACCAAUCCGCUCAGUCCUUGCACAUCCAGCCCAGCAUGCUGACGCAGGGCUCCUGCACACCACUGAUGGUCGCUGCCCUACACCCCCCUGCAGCAGGAGCACCCCCUCUGUACCCACUGCCCCUGGCAUUGAGUCGUUUGUCUACGAUAGCAGGGCACCUGGAGCCGAGCACAGCCAUGCUGCAAGGCUGGCCUGCAGGCACACAGCAGAUCCUUAUCCCGUCGGCAUGGCAACAGAUGCCAGGCAUGGCCAUCCAUGGCACCGGUCAGCCCGUCAUUGCUGAAUCUCCAGUCGGCUCUCUUUUGGCUGAUGGCUCGAGCCAGUCCAGUGCCAACUGGAGAGGGCGACACGGUGGCCAGUGCGAUGGCACACAGCAGGACGCCGCCCAGGGAUGUCACAUGACCUCACAGACGCUCAACACCGGCACAGCCAACAGUCGAGCACAGCAGAGCAGGGUCAAGAGACCAAAAGGUCGCGUUGCAGAAAGCAGAGCUAGGCCUGUGUCCUCUACACUGCACACCAGCGGUGACCCUUCGCAACCGAUCAUCAUUUCGGACACCCCCAGUCCGGCCGUCAGCAUCAUCACCAUUCCCAGUGACACAGAGGACGAAGAUGACACCAAAGUCCCGCCCACUAGCUGCAGCGCAAACCAGCGUGCGAACGUGAUCAGCUGCGUGACCGUUCACGACUCUCAGGACUCCGACUCGUCUACCUGCAGCCCUCUCACUCCUAAACGCGUGCCCAACUCGACAGACAGCAGCGGACAAGGCUCCAAGUCUCUCGCUGUAGUGAUGCCCUCGCUGAAGAUUCAGCCAUGGGAGGGGGUGACCAGUGAGCAAAGCAGCACAACAGCCACAAAAUCGAAGAAGACUUCAGCUCCGCAUUCGUCUCGCUCAGGAUUGUCCGGCAGUGAGCGGAAUCAGAGAACAGUGACCACCAAAUCACAGCCUCUCAACCUGAGCCAGGUCCAGCAGCCCGUGAUGUCCUCUCACGACAGGUCAGGGGGCGGAUCCCUGAGACGUCAACCCACAUAUCCUCCGGCAGGUCCGCCGCACUCCUACAGGCUGCACGAGGCCUCGCUUUUUAGCUCCGCCCCAAACCUGUACGCCUACCCCGCCUCGGCCGCCCUGGCCUCAGUUUCGCAGGCUGUGGAUCAGCUGCACAACUCCAGUGGCUCUUCGUCCUCUUCCUCCACGUCCUCGUCUAUCAGGCACACGCGUGCCACCGGGCCUUACUCUGCCUCUCUGAGUCUGCUACAGAAGAGCAGCGCUAUGGGGCUGAUGGGGCAAUCAGCUGCCUCGCACUGCCAACAGCAGCAGCUCCCUGGGCAGCCGUACCCUCUCAGCCAGAGGAAACUCAACCAGUACCCUUACCUGUGAGACACCUGACCCCAGUACCCUCACCCGUGAGACACCUGACCCCAGUACCCUCACCCGUGAGACACCUGACCCCAGUACCCUCACCCGUGAGACACCUGACCCCAGUACCCUCACCCGUGAGACACCUGACCCCAGUACCCUCACCCGUGAGACACCUGACCCCAGUACCCUCACCCGUGAGACACCUGACCCCAGUACCCUCACCCGUGAGACACCUGACCCCAGUACCCUUACCCGUGAGACACCUGACCCCAGUACCCCAGUACCC